AUGGGGUCGGGUGGCAGCACGUCACUUGGCGGACGAAUUACGACUGUGAAAGAAAAAAAGAAAAGUGAACCGCGGAAAUUAAAGGUGACGGACUACACGAACAGACCGUUACCUGCCCGAUUUGGCCGGGCCGUAUUUGCCUCGCGUAUGCUUGCUGAACUGCCACCGCCGCCGACGACCGAAGACGACGGGCAAUACGCGUGGUUUGUGGAAAACCUUGACCGGCCGGGUGAAUGGGAGGCAUACACACCGGAUGUCUCUGAAAGGCUUGAUGCGGCUUGGCGUGGCGGACAGCGGGAGUGUCUUAUUCUAUCGAAAAAGAAGCGUAUAUGCACAGUAGACCUGAACGCUAUGGUGCAAAUGGCGGCUGGAAGCACCACGCGUUCGCGCAGGGUAAAGCGGGUGGAGGUGGAGAAGUGUGGCGAUUCCACGGUGCGGGAAAAACGGCACUUUUCCCCUGAUCCCUUUCUUGAGGAGGCAUUGGAAGAUGCAGGAAGAGGGGAAGACAUGAUGGCCAAUGAAAACGGCGAAAACGGCUGUCAUGCCGAGGAAGGUGUUGUUGGCGAGGCUGACAACGCAGAUGCGUCGCGGCUUCCAUGUCUGUUACGUUCUGUAGCAGCACAUUCCAUCACGCCCUAUACAUUGGCGUUCUCUAGCGAUGGUCGCACGCUGCUAACCGGGACGCGGGGAGAGUUGCUACACUGGGAUUUGGAAACGGCGAUUGUCUUGACGGCGUUUGAUUUGAAGUCCAGCACUGUUUUAACGGCAGCGUAUUCAUCUGACGGCAGUCGUGUCGUGUGCGGCGGGAGCAGUAAAAUUGCCUGGUUGUUUGACACAAACUGCCCGGAUGCACAGAUGACGUUUACUGGUCACACCUCCAAACUUUACGGCGUUGACUUUCUUGCGGGGGAGGAGCGACUUGCAACGAUAUCGAUGGAUAAAACCCUGCGCUGCUGGGAUGUUCGAACGUCCAUCUGCAUGCAAAGCGAUGAAUGUCACACGGCGCCGAUUUUUACACUAGCGACAUCUAAGCGUUGCGACUGGCUUGCGCUUUCAGGUGGUGAUGACCACGUUGUCUGCUCUCAUGAUUUUCGAGUUGGCAGCAACUCCGUCACGGCGAGGUUCUGUGGACACAGGAAAACCAUCUGGACAUGUGCCUUCCGUGGCGAUGAAAAUCAGUUUGCUUCGAGCGGCAUGGAUAAGGCCCUAAAUAUAUGGGACCUGCGGCAGCCCAGUGAACCGGUACUGAAGGUUUUCUAUCAUAUGCAUCCGGUUCAUUUUGUGGAGUAUAUGCCGCAUGAUAGGGGCAUAUUGACGUGUGCACGGGACUGGACGGUGCGCCUCACGGAUGCGGUCACCGGUGAGCCUGUGUGGCGCGUAAAAGCACAUGUAGGACAUGUCUUUCGUGCUCGCUACCAUUUUGGGACGCGCAUGAUGGCCACAGGCGGUGGGGAUGGGCAUGUCAAUAUCUGGCGGUACGACAAUGCGGAUAAGUGGUAG